AAAUGCUGAAAGGAUCAUCGGUAUUGUUAUUUGCGGUCUAGAAAACGUACUUCACUCUCAAGACAUAUAAAUGUAAACGUUUAAUGGGAACAGAGCUUGAAACAUCUAAACAAUCCAGCGGGUUAGAGUUAAAUAACCAGCCUGGAAGAUGCUGUUCUCCCUCUCCUGUUCACUGCUACUGUUGGUUUCAUGCUACAUAGUCUCCAAUACUUCAGUGUUUUUAUCAAUGAAGGAUGCUAGUGAGAUUUGGAAAAGACGGCCACGGUCAAUAUUUGAGGAGCUUAAGCCAGGAAAUAUGGAACGAGAGUGUGUCGAAGAAGAGUGCAAUUUUGAGGAGGCAAGAGAGAUUUUCAAAGAUGAAAGUGCAACUUUAAAAUUUUGGAACAAGUAUAUUGAUGGUGACCAAUGUGAGCCACAGCCAUGUGCUAAUGAUGGAACUUGCCUGGAUCUGAUUGGGGGCUUUCAGUGCUUUUGCCCUGAAGAAAGGGAUGGGAGCCGAUGUCAGUAUGAAUUGGUGGCAACAAAUUGCUCUACCGAGUAUGGUUACUGUGAGCAUUUCUGUCAUGAGAUCAGUGACAUUAAUAGGCGUAAAUGCUCUUGUGCAAAGGGAUACAACCUAAGUGACAAUGGAUUUGCCUGCAAUCCAACAGGUAACUAUAGUUGUGGACGACAUAAGUUGGCGUCAAUAAACGAUGUAGUUCGACUCACUGGAGGAAAGGUAAUAAAGAAAGGAAGCAGCCCUUGGCAGGUCAUGCUCAUGAAUGCAAGAGGCUUUUUUAAAUGUGGUGGAGUGCUGAUUCAUCGUUUCUGGGUGGUUACCGCUGCUCAUUGUGUCCAUGAAGGAGGGAGAUUUAGAGUCAGACUUGGUGAAUAUAACAGAACAAUUGCAGAAGGAACUGAAGAUACUAUUCGAGUGAAGACUGUGCAUAUUCACCCCAAUUUCACUCUGAAGACAUUGGACAGCGACAUUGCUCUCCUCAAUCUAGAAGAGGCUGCCAUCUUUAGCAAUUACAUUAUACCGGUUUGUCUUCCCACUAAAGAGAUGGCAGAAAGAGUGCUGUUAAUUCCAGGCAAAAUGGUGCUGGUUACAGGAUGGGGUGCUGUGGAUGAAAAUGAUCACACGAUUCGUCCUAGUACUCUACUCUUCAUUAAUAUCAAUUUGGUCUCUUACGAAAAUUGUGUUGAGGUACUGCCAGGCAAAAUCACAGAAAACAUGAUCUGUGCAGGAGCGCCUGGUACACGGAGGGAUGCAUGUUCAGGAGAUAGCGGUGGGCCUAUGGUAACCGUCCACAGUGGCACAUGGUUUCUGAUUGGACUUGUCAGUUGGGGAGAGGGUUGUGGCCACCACAAGAGUUUUGGUGUUUACACAAAUGUUGUCAGGUACCUGGAAUGGAUAGAUUCUUUCCUUACAUAGCAGUCCCACGAUGUUAUUUGGGCCAUAUUUCAAGGAACCGAAUCCUACAACAGAAUGAGUGAUCUGUCGAAGAAAAUGGCUUCUUCAAAUGUAUUUCUCAAGUGUCCCCCAAAUACCAUAUGUCAAAUCUAUUAUAUGCUCUGUAAGAAGAGUUGCAUGUAGCUCAGUAAUUUUGUUAUUUGAUAUUAAAAUAAUUCAUAACAAAUAAUUCAUUAAACGCAAACUGUGACUU